AUGAAAAAGCGCACAGUCAAUCUACCAACGAUUGCCAUCAAUUCCGCAUCGUGGAACAUACCAAAGGUUCCACUGGCCGAUCCAACCUUCAACGUUCCAGGCAUGAUCGAUAUUAUCAUCGGUGGAGAGUGUUAUCAUGAGAUGCACACUGGUAACCGCCUGUCACUCGGUGACGGUUUACCUUUCCUAAUCGACACCCUUUUUGGAUGGACAGUAUCUGGAAAAACUGCCAUCAAUUCCGCUGUUUCUACACCCGCCUGUUACUUAUCGACUGUCGAUCGAUCCCUCGAAACAACGCUUCAAAGAUUCUGGGAGCUCGAAGUUGUCGAUCAUGGGCUGGCGUAUUCCACUGAAGAAAAGCAAUGUGAAGAAAUCUAUCCCAACACUACUACCCGAACUCACUCCGGAAGGUACGUCGUACGCCUUCCUCGGUCCGAAGAUCCGCAAUUCACCCGUCGUUUCAACAGUCUCGAGCGACGCCUAGAGCAAGAUUCCGCCUUAAAGCAAACCUACCACGAGUUUAUCGACGAAUAUCUUCGCCUUGGCCAUAUGCGGAAACUCACUAUUGUUGACGACGAUUUGCCACACUGUUACCUACCACACCACCCGGUGUUCAAGCAGAGUAGUACCACCACCAAGGUCCGUGUGGUGUUCGACGCCUCCUGCAAGACCUCUUCCGCGGUAUCACUGAACGACACGCUUCUCGUCGGUCCAGUAGUACAACAGCAUCUAGUCAACAUUACCAUUCGCUUGCGCUUCCAUGCUAUCGCCUUUGUUGCCGACGUGGAAAAGAUGUAUCGACAAGUUCUUCACUAUCCCAUUGAUCAGCAAUUGUUGCGCAUCCUGUUUCGUCGUAAUCCAUGGGAUCCACUCAACACAUAUGGACUCCUCACGGUCACGUACGGUACCGCAUCAGCUCCAUACUUGGCAACUCGAACCCUGCUACAGUUGGCCAAAGACGAAGGAGACAAGUAUCCGGAAGCCGUUCAACCUGUCAUCGAAGAUUUUUAUGUUGAUGACCUUCUCUCCGGUGCAGACAACCUGGAUACUGCUAUCGAAAAACGUCGCCAAAUCACGAAUAUGCUUGCAUCAGCUGGAUUCCCAUUGAGGAAGUGGGCGUCCAACGUUCCGGAAGCUUUAACUGGAAUACCACUCGAAGACUUGGCAAUCCAACCCCUCUUCGAUUUGCAAGAUGACCAAUCAGUGUCCACGCUUGGACUUGUUUGA